AUGAUUCUUUUAGUAGCAAUAAAUUCUGUGCAAAAUUAUUUAAAAAAUGGAACAAAUUCAAAUGAGAAAUAAAUGAAAAAUAAAGACUGGAAAACAUUAGAUAGUAUGGAAUGUUUCAAGAUUUCAAAUUUAUGUUUAUUCUAAAAAACCACUUUGAGUAUUUAGAUUAAUGAAGAAGGAAAAAUAAUUUAUUAAAAAGAUGGUUCUAUACUGUAUAUGUACAUAUUUGAAUCUAAAUAUAAAUAAGAGAGUAGUACGAUUCCCUGUUUUAAGCCUAAAAUCUAGAGUAAUUAAAAUUUUUAAGAUGGCACGGGUAGUAUAAUAAUAAAUAAUAAAAAAUUGGAAAAUGGUAACCUUAAUGGAAAGGUGUAAAUUUAGAAGUAGGGGGAUUGUAUUGCAAUCAAGGUAUGAAAACAGGCAAUUGGAUAGAACUUUUUGAAAAUUUUUGGGAGUAAUUUAAAACAUUUUAAUUUAGCAAAUCAUAAGUGACUUUUAUAGGAUUAUAUUUAAAUAAUAAAAAAUAAGGAAAAUGGUAAAUAUAUUUUCUUAAUUAAAAAUUAAAAUAAAUAAACAAAAUGUAUAAAUUUAUUACAUUUUAAAAAGCGGUGAAGGCUAUUAUGAUUAUGAAGGAAUUAGUUAAGGGUAUUGGAUUAAUUUGCACAGAAACUUUUAUGAGUAUAUAAAUAUAAAUAAAUUUAUUAGUGGAAGAUAAAUUAUUUAUAAAGGAAGUUAUAAUAAUGGUACUAAAUAAGGAUGGUGGGAUAUUUCAUUUCAUAGUUAUUUUGAUAGUCGUUUUAAAAAGAUGUAAUAAUUAAAAUACUCUUAGAGGAGGAGGUUAUUAUAAUAGAGAUGGGAAAAAAAAUGGAAAAUGGAUUGAGGUUAGUGAAAAUUUUUGGAAGUAAAACUAAUCUAAUUAAUUUAAGUGGAUGUUAGAUUUUAGAAAAAGGAGAAUAUAGAAAUGGUUUAAAAAUUGGAAUUUGGGAAUCUUAAUUAAAGGAAUAUAUAGAUGAUAAUUAUAAAUUAAUGUAGUUAUCUUCAUUAUUAAUCUAUUUUUAGAGGCUUAGGAUGUUAUAAUAUUGAUAGAAAAAAUGGAAAAUGGAUAGAAAUUCAUCAAAAAUCGAUGAGGUAUAAUUAUAUAAUAGUUUUAUUCAUUCUAAAUAUUUUGAGUGCAAAAUAAUAAAUGUAGGAAAUUAUAAAGAGGGUCUUAAAAUUGGAAAUUGGAUAAGUAUAGAUCAAUAAACUGAAAAUAUUAUGUAAAAGUAUCAUAUUUGAUUAUAGAGGAGGAGGUGAUUAUAAUUAAAAUGGAUAGAAAUUAGGAAUUUGGGUAGAAGCAGAAGAUUAUAGGUUGUAAUUAAUAUCAUAUUUUCAGCUCUUUGUCAAAAAUUACAUAAAAAGGCAGAUAUGUAAAUGGAAAUAAAGAAGGAUAAUGGCAAAUUAAUUUGAAUAAUUAGAAAAUGUAUGUUAAAUUUAGAUUAUUAUAUUUAAGAGGAGGAGGAAAUUAUAAUGAUAGAGGAUUAAAGUUUGGAUAAUGGAUUGAAAUUUAUGAUAAAUUUUGGGAGUUAAAUAUUUAUAUAUAUAUUUAUUAGUUAUUGCAAAGUAUUAUUUGUAGGAAAUUAUAAAGAAGGAAUUAAAAUAGGAGAUUGGGAAGUUCAUUUUUAUUAAUAAGAUAAUAAUUCAUUGAAAAUGUUUGAUAUUAAUCAUGAUAUUUUAGAGGCAAAGGAACUUAUAAUGACUUAGGAAUGAAAACAGGAUAAUGGACAGAACUUUCUGAAACAUUUUGGGAGUAUAUAAUAUCAUAAAAUCUAUAGGAAAUUUUAAGUUAUUUAUGAAGGAUAAUAUUCUAAUGGAAUUAAAAGUGGUAAAUGGAAUGCAUUCUUUACAGGUCAUCUGCAUAAUAGGAAUGGAAUAAAGAUUUAAAAAUGGAUGGAUUUGUAUGAAAACUAUUUAGAAUAACCCAUUUAUGUUGGUAAAUAUUAAGAUGGGAUCAUAAUGUAAGAAUUUAAAUAGAUAAAAUAAAUGCUUUAUUAUUGA